CGGCUGAUUUCUUAAUGGACCGGACCCAUCCCGUCGCCUCUGCGCAUGCUCCUGCGUAAACACUAUGUUGGGGGAAAUUAGGUGUCUCUCUUUGGGAAGUCGAGUUUUAAAAAGCUCGGGCAGACCAUGAUAUGACGACUUCACUGAUCUUGCAUCCACGCUGGGCGGAUACCUUCAUGUACGUGUAUGAGGAGAACCCGAAUGAAAAUAAUCAGAAUAAAAUCCCAGCAAUGGAAGGGCUAAGUGGGAACUGCCCAGCGAGCCACUGCAGGGAUUUAAUCACUCACCCGGUAUUGGGUCGUCAUUCCAGCACCAUUGGGACUCACCAGGGUUCUGUCUACACGGAUAUACCUGCUCCAGAUGCCACCCGGCAGUGCCCCGCGCCACCAGCUUCCUCCAACGCCACCUUGGGCUAUGGCUAUCCUUUUGGAGGCAGCUACUACGGAUGCCGAUUAUCCCAUUCCCACAACAUGAACUUACAACAGAAACCUUGUUCUUACCACCCAGCCGAAAAAUAUCCCGAGCCUACCGGCUCCCUCCCCAGCGAAGAACUAUCCUCAAGGGCCAAAGAAUUUGCUUUUUACCCGAGCUUUGCCAGCUCCUACCAGGCGGUUCCUGGUUAUUUGGACGUAUCGGUAGUUCCAGGUAUCAGUGGCCACCCAGAGCCAAGACACGACGCACUGCUUCCCAUGGAAGGGUACCAACACUGGGCUCUUUCCAAUGGCUGGGACGGGCAGGUCUAUUGCUCGAAAGAGCAGUCACAGUCUACCCAUCUCUGGAAAUCACCUUUCCCAGAUGUGGUCCCUCUUCAGCCAGAAGUGAGCAGCUACCGUAGGGGGCGAAAGAAAAGAGUCCCCUACACGAAAAUCCAGCUGAAGGAGUUAGAAAAGGAGUACGGCGCCAGCAAGUUCAUUACCAAAGAGAAGCGAAGACGGAUUUCAGCGACCACUAAUCUUUCCGAGCGCCAGGUCACUAUCUGGUUUCAGAACCGCAGGGUGAAGGAGAAAAAAGUCGUUAGUAAAUCUAAGACACCUCACCUUCACGCUACCUGACAAAGAAAUCUCUCCGAAUUGGGGAGGGAGGGAGAUAAUUAAAAAUAUAAAGAAAAAAUCAAAAGGAGGAGAGAAGCAAACAAAGAUACAAAUAUUUAUCUGGUAAAUUUGUAUAAAUAAGAACCCGCAUUCCAACUCUUUCAAUAGUUUGAUUAUUUAAACCCCCGGGGGGGGGUUUAAACCUCCAUCUUUGGUUUAUUCUGUCCAUGCAUUGCCGUCUUGAACUGUGAAUCCCGUCUCCCUUCUUAAAUAUUCAUUUUGAUAUGGUUUUAAAUGUGCACAUUUAACAAGAGGAGGGGGAGGAGGAGGAGAGAAAAGGGGAGGGGGAAAACGCAUACACAAUAUGUAGAUUUGCCACGCAGGGAUUCUGAAUAUUAUUUUGUAGCUCCAGCCCUCUCCCCUUGCAGCUUAUCAAAGAUUUUCCAUUUCUUUGGCAGUUUCUGUCUCUGAUGUAAAUAAUAAUAAUUAAAAUUAAAUAAAUAUAUAGAUAUAUGUAUAUAUACAGAACCUAUUGACAGUGAUUCCAGUAAAGAAAUCCUAAAUUUCUUUUGGGGUUUUUUAACGUGGACCUAAAAAUAUGAAUGGAAAAAAAAUAAGGCUGCUACCCUGAAUGUUUUGUUGUUGCUGUUUUCCUGAUUUUGGUCUGUUACAUGCCAAUAAUUUUAAGUCGCUCCUGCAUUUAAAGUGAGACCGGCUAUGUAAUUCCUAGGGCACGAUCCAGCCGACGAUAGUAACUUCCAGAUCCGCUUGAUUUUGAUAGGGGGAAAUAAGACAUGGACAUAAAUGGGAUUUCAAAGUGCUUAACUUUGGUAGGAUCAUGCCCUUAAUUAUUAUUGUUAUUAUUUUGAUUUUCUGUAAUAUCUUCUCACUGGGUUGAGUUGUUGUUGUAUGUUUCCUCCAAAAAAACUGGAGUGUUUAUUCUCCAUCGACAGUAUGGAAAGUGCACAAUGUGGCUCUGAUGUGUUUUUCACUCUACCCCCCCUAUUAUCAGUCGCUAAGAGGAGUCAGUGUUCUUUCGCCAUGUUAAAGCAAUCCAUUUUUUUAAAAAAAUGUCUUGUAUAUGUAUAUAAUGUGGUGUCCUAAUGAUAUGUACUGAAUGCUGAAUACAUUUCUUAAAAAUAAAUCUCUCUCUUUCUUCCCCCCUC